AUGCGGCUCAUCACCGAGCUCAACAAGAUCGGAAAACAACUCCUAGGUGACACCAGCCACGAUGGCUACCAUGUCCCAGGCGCUCCUCCACCGCCACUCUACGCCCAGUCUCCUCAGCAUGCAAUGUCCUACCCACCGCCGUCCGCUCCCUCCCUUCCCUACCCACCAACAUCUCCCCAUCACCAGAGCACUUGGCCCCCUCCAAACGGUCCCGUCCACGGAGCUCCUCAAUCACCUCCAUUUAACCCAGCCCAGUUCCCGGUUUCGUCCGCUCCGGCGUAUUCAACAGGAUACACAGCAGCGCCGCAGACUUACACCGCUGCGUCGCCGCCGCAGCCUUACACCGCUGCGUCGCCGCCGCAGACUUACACCGCUGCGUCGCCGCCGCAGACUUACACAGCUGCGUCGCCGCCGCAGGCAUUCUCGCCUCCACCGAGCUUUGCGCCGUAUCCCUCGCCUCCCCACUCUUCCCCACCCCAGUCCUUCACCUCACCCCACGCGACCCACGUCCCCUCUCACAACCACUCGCACUCUCUCCCGAUUCCCUCUCCCCCUGUCCCGGCCACCCAGCCCAGCCAUAAUCCCGCCGACUGGCUGGUCGCCCUCCAAGAUCUUCUACCACUUUGCUUUACGGCGGCACGCGAUCACGUCGCUAGUGCUCACUUGCAGCCUGACACCAUCUGGCUGUAUUUUGUCGACCUCGGGCCUGGCCAGUACUUUGCGGAUGCAGUGUACGGGAUAGACGGCAACGCGUUCGCCAAAGACGACCUCGCUUGGGCCGGCGUUCCGCCCAACCCUGAGCGCUCCACGGCACUAUUCCGUAUCCUCGCUGGCGAGUGGGUCACCAAGAUUUGCCUUCGCAGCAAGGUCGAGGAGGCGCAUCCCUCUCGUGUCGUGGUCAGAAUGGACGUCGCUAGCAGAGGAUUCGGGAGCACAAUGUGCUACGAGGUUGCAAGUGUGCGACACCCGACGCUGAGCCCGGCCCAGGUGCUGACCCUCUGGGUGGCACGACUCAAGGCGACGGGAGAUGAUAGUGCUGAUUUUAUGCCAGCGUAG